GAUCUAGAGAGAGAGAAAGUGACAUAAAACCUAUAAAUUCUCCAUUAUCACUUCCGAUUAUUCCAGUUUUCCGCCUCGAUUUCAACAAAAUAUCUUCAUCACUCAUUCUAGGUUAUCCUCACAGUAUUCAUACAUUUCAAUUUCAUAUUUAUACUUAUGAUUCAGAUGAUUUCGCCCUUAGAUACGGUAGAUUCGUUGCUGUUUGCAGCCAGCAGAGCUUUGUGUAGUCCGUUCGCCCUUUUUGUUCAGAUUCAGGGAUGCGUAAUAUGCUUACUUCUGGCUACUGGAUGGGCGGGUGCCGCUUAUGUGAGAAACAGAGAAAUAAGACAGAUGAAAAAAUGUAUGAAAGAUGGCAAUGACUUUGCAUUUCUUAGUCAUGAUAUUCAUGACCUAGAACAUUCAAAACAGGUCCAAUUGCCAGGUGUCACCGUUGUAAUGCCCUUGAAAGGUUUUGGAGAACACAAUCUGCACAAGUGGAGAACCCAGUUAACUUCGCUUUAUGGUGGGCCCUUGGAGUUCUUAUUUAUUGUAGAUAGUACUGAAGAUCCAGCUUAUCAUGCUGUAUCGCGUUUACUUCUAGAUUUUAAGGAUGAUGUUGAUGCAAGAAUAGUUGUAGCAGGUCCAUCCACAACAUGCAGUCAAAAAGUUCAUAAUCAAUUGGUUGGGGUGGAAAAAAUGAAAAAAGACAGCAAAUACGUAUUGUUUCUUGAUGAUGAUGUUAGGCUGCACCCUGGGUCAAUCGGAGCCCUAACUGCAGAGAUGAUGAAGAAUCGCGAGAUAUUUAUUCAAACUGGCUACCCGCUUGAUUUACCGUCUGGAAGUUUGGGGAGUUACUGUAUUUAUGAAUAUCACAUGCCGUGUUCAAUGGGAUUUGCAACUGGUGGAAGGACGUUUUUUCUUUGGGGAGGAUGCAUGAUGAUGCAUGCAGAUGAUUUCCGAACGGACAAACAUGGUGUUGUAACACAACUUCGUGAUGGUGGAUACUCUGAUGACAUGACUCUUGCUGCUAUAGCUGGUGCUCAUAAGAGGCUAAUAACAUCACCUCCGGUUGCGGUUUUCCCUCAUCCUCUUGCCAGUGACCUUACCUUUUCAAGGUACUGGAAUUAUUUGAGAAAACAGACAUUCGUUUUGGAGUCCUACACAACAUACAUAAACUGGAUAAUGAAUCGAGCUUUGUUUUCCGUGCACUGCUACCUUUCUUGGGGAUUUGUAUCUCCAUAUAUUAUGGCUAUGUUUCAUAUUGCAGCAGCACUUAGAUUUCAUUUUAAGGAUAAUUUAAUUGAAGAACCAGUUCUCAACCCUAAUGGGUUGAGACUUGUUGGCUGCCUAAUCAUAUGCACUGCCAUUGAACUUCUUUCAAUGUGGAAUUUAACAAGAAUUGAAGUUCGGUUAUGCAACAUGUUGUCUCCCGAGGCACCUCCACUUUCACUUGGUGCUUAUAAUUGGUGUUUGGUGUUUGUUGCAAUGGUGGUGGAUAAUUUUCUAUACCCGAUUUCAGCAAUCCGUUCACAUUUUUCUCAGUCUAUCAACUGGUCUGGUAUCCGUUAUCAUUUAAAGAAUGGGAAAAUACACAAGAUUGACCGAACAAUGGAGAAGGGCAAGAAGUAUUCCGAUUUGGCAGCCAAGCGUUUAUACGUGAAGAAAGCCCAAAGCAAAAUCUCGAUUCUUGGUUCUUUGUCGAGAAGUUUGGUUAACUGGAGACAACCAAAGAAAUACGAUGUGUAGAAAAAGGAAUCGGGAUUUAACAACCGCUUGUGAUUAUUAUCAUUAUUAUCUGGUUUCUUGUUGAUUGAUUAAUGAUCAUGAAGUAGCCAUCCAUUCUUUUUGAAAGAAAAAUAUUAAUUCAAUUGAUUGAUUCUUGUUCAGCUGUAGCAUGUCUGGCUUUUGGUUUUGUAUUCUUGUAUAUUUUAGUUGGUGUGUAAUUUAAAGGAAAUACUUAUGCAUUUA